UAAUAUGAUAUUCCUCGUCUACCUAUCCACGAUUUCCUGGACGGUUGGCAAGGAAAUCAAAAAUAUUUCUGUUUCACAAGUCCCGGUCAGCUUCUCUCCCACAUCAUUGUUUAUUCCUCACCCUAAGCUGACACAUAUUUCAGUCUAGCAACAAUAGCAUAGACACAGCGAUUCUUCUCCCAGAUGUAACCGUUCUAUCUACAAAGUAUGACAGGGCUGCCAUGACGCCAGAACUUCGACACGUCUGGAGGAUUCUCGUCUUUAUUGUUGCUGUAUUGGGCAUUCAAGAGCUGCAAUUGCUAUUUCUGGUGGUGAAAUGGUACAAUUCAAAUGAUCCAGGAAGCAAAACACCAGAGAUAUGUGGCCCCGCUCCACCGGAAGUGACGUGCGACCCCCUGUAUAAGUACCGUAAUGUGGACGGUUCCUGUAACAACCUGAAGCACCCUGCCUGGGGAAAGAGCAAAACUAAACAGCACAGGUUCCUUCCACCGCGAUAUGAUGAUGGCUGUCAGUCUCCCCGACAAACAGGGUACGAUCAUCUACCGCUGCCCAGUCCCCGGGACGUUAGCAACAUUCUGUUUCAGAACAGGAACUCCACAACCACUCACGAUCCGAAGAUUAACAUCCUCCAUAUGUCUUUUGGGCAGUUCCUGGAUCACGACCUCGUUUUGACUCCAGUGACCGGUGGUUUGCUAUCAUGUUGCGGAGAGCACAUUGACAGACCAGAGUGCAUACCAAUACACAUUCCCUCUCAGGACCCUUUCUUCACAAACAGCUGUAUGCCUCUGUCUAGGUCAGCAUGGACUUACGUGGAACACGGGCAUAACUGUUGCCGAGAACAGAUAAAUGACGUCACGUCCUUCAUUGACGCAUCUAACGUGUAUGGUUCUAGUGAACAAAAGGCGAGGGCUCUAAGAACUUUCCAAAAUGGCACCCUACGAGACAGAAAUGGCGGACUGCCCGAUGGUGGCACCAGCAAAUGCGUUUUUAAUGACGUCACAACCGACUAUUGUCAAGACGCAGGUGACGUGCGGGUCAACGUCGUACCAAACCUAGGGUCAGUUCACCUUCUCUUCCUCAGGUAUCAUAACUACAUCGCCGGGCAGAUAGCCACACUCAAUCCUUCAUGGGAUGACGAAACUCUCUACCAAGAAACACGUGCCAUAGUUACCGCCAUUUUACAGCACGUGGUCUAUAAAGAGUACCUGCCAUUGGUUGUGGGAGAUGAAGUAAUGGCGGAGUAUGGAUUGAAUCCAAGCCCCGCCGGCUAUAACACAGUUUACGAUGAGGACAUAAACUUGUCAACACGCAACGCUUUUGCAGCAGCGGCAUUCCGAUUUGGUCAUUCUCAAGUAACGAAUCACCAAAAGCAGUACAAUAAAACGUAUUUUGAGAUCGCCAGCUUGAAUAUAGAAGACACAUAUCAUUCUCCGCAUUUCUGUGUUUACAAUGGCGGGACAAGUUCCGAAGGGAUCUUACGCUGGCAACUUGCAGAACAAGCAGCAAAAUCAGAUAGGGUGUUUGAGAGUGGCGUUAGGGACAGACUAUUUAGGGAACCUGACGGCACAAGCUUGGAUCUGCCGGCCAUUAAUGUACAACGGGGAAGGGACCAUGGUCUUCCCCCUUACAUAAAAUGGCGGGAAUUUUGUGGUUUAAGUGUCAACUUAUCGGAUCACAGCUAUACAGAAAAACUCGACCUGAAGAAUGUCUAUAGAGACAUUAGGGACAUAGACGUCUAUGCCGGAGCCAUGACCGAGCUUCCGGUCCCUGGGGGAAUUGUUGGUCCUACCUUUGCCUGCUUGAUAGCCAGACAGUUUUUAAUGUAUAAGAAAGGCGACAGGUUCUGGUAUGAGAACAACCACAGGCAUGGCUUCACUGAAGAUCAGCUGACAGAGAUUAAGAAAGCCACACUGUCAUCUGUUCUAUGUCAGAGUAUAGACGUUGAUCAAGUCAGUCUCAGUGCGUUCAUUAUCAUUAGUGACACAAAUCCAACAGUGAAUUGCAGCUCUCUUAUCCACCCAUAUUGGACGCCAUGGAGAGAAAAGGCAAAGACGUCGUAGCUUGUUUGUGCUAAGCAUUAAACUUCUCCUUGGAGCUAUUUACAGCGCAACUAGUGAAAAAGAAAAUCUAAUUUAUUUCAGACUUAAUUAAGAAUUGGAAAAAGUUUCAAUAUGAUUUGUAACAUAUAUAUAGCAUGAUUUUUGCCAAAAUGUUUAAAAAAAAAUUAAAACAAAAAAAUUCUCAAUGCUGGAUCUGUAUGUGUCACAUGUAAAGAACUGCAUUGUUUGUAAAACCUUAACUAAAACAAA